AUAAUUAGUUAAAGAUGCCAAAAAAUAAUUUGAGAAUCAUAUAUCCAUGAGAGAGAGAGUAAAACAAAGUUUUUUUUUAAAUAGGUUGAUGGAUUGGACAAAGUUGGAGCACAUAAUUUCUUUACUAAAUAGUGAUAUAAAAAUCUAGUUUGGCAUUGUUUUCUUCAAGGUGAUGAGAUGAUUGUUCAUGCCUAUCCAGUUAAGGAAUAAGAACCACACUCUUUAUAUUUCAAGAUUUUUGCAGCAUACAUGAACAAGAGUACUACUUUCCUCUCAUCUCAGAUUCUUGAAAAUUUCACACUGAUCACCAUUCAUCUAGCUACAUCUGAUUGCCACGUGUUCGAUGCAGGCUCGUCUCCCCGGGAAAACCGACCAAUAGGAAGCAGAGAUUUCUGUUUCUAACUUCCUAUGCUACUUUCACUAUAAAUCUUGAAGAUCAAACACAAUAGGAAUCUGUUCUGGAAAAAUGAAGAAAAUACAGCACAACUAUGGGUAUCCUAGUGAGUUUGUCUCUCAACUUCCCAACUAUUUCCCUCAAAAUCACACUCCUCAAAUGGGAUGCUCAAAUCAACCCACACAGCAAAACGAAAAUCCAUCGGCCACCAUCAUAGGCCGGAUCGGAUCACCUGCUGCUGCUUUCUGUGCAGCUGAGAUUGCCAUGGGAUUAUCUCAGUAUGAUCUCCCAGAGAGCUGCUCCCAGCAAUCCAAGAAUCCUCGCCCGUUCCACCAAACCCUUUUUCAAGAAUCACCGGCUAGAAACGAAGCAGAUUACCAUACUACUACUCAACACUAUGUGGUCACCACAAGUGAAGGAUCUUAUAGAAAUCACUUGUUCACCAAUCUUUCUGAGAGGGAACAGAUACUUCACCUAAAAAACAAGCUACUCGGUGAUCUUGAUGAUUCAAACAGACGAAGCCCUUCUGCUCCAUUCGACUCAAAUCAUGAUCUUGAAGUCUCACAUAAUCCAUAUGCACCUCAUCUCGCGCAAAUGAAGCAGUUUGGGAGGCCUCCCACACCGAUAAACAGCUCAUCAUCGUUUGCAGCUGCAGCUUCAUCAAACAAGACGCGAAUAAGGUGGACUCAAGAUCUUCAUGACCGGUUUGUUGAGUGUGUGAAUCGCCUUGGUGGCCCCGACAAAGCAACACCGAAACAAGUGCUGAAGUUGAUGGACACUGAGGGGCUCACCAUUUUUCAUGUCAAGAGCCAUUUGCAGAAAUACAGAAACGCCAAAUACUCACCAGAAUCCGUGGAAGCAACUGGAAAGGCUGAGAAGAAGACUAAUACAAAUAAUGCAGCAGAAAUAGAUAUCAAAACGGGUAUGCAGCUCAAGGAGGCUCUGCAGAUGCAGCUCGACGUUCAGAGGCGUCUCCACGAGCAACUAGAGAUACAGAGGAACUUGCAGCUGAGGAUUGAAGAACAGAACAAGCAGCUGAAGAUGAUGUUCGAUCAGCAACAAAUGACUACACAAAAUCUCACAGAAACUCGAAACAACAAAUGUCUGAAUCCUAAUAGCUUAUCCACCACAGUUGAUUCAGAUCCUGAGAUUUUUGUCUUGGAUGGCUCUGAUGAUGAUAUGGUCUUUCCAUCCAAGAUAAGCUAGCCGUGAACGAGGAAAAAUUUUCUUGAUUUCCAAUCAUGGAUGAAGCAGAGCAUAAGUGUAAUUGAAAAAAAGUAGCUUCUCCAGAGCAAGCUAUUGAGUCUGAGUGAAUCAUAUAUACAUGUUUACAUCUCUCAUCUUCUUUUGUCCAUAUAGAUUAUACACAGCUGCUGCAUUAUUUGAUAUUUACAAGUUUUUGAAUUUGAACA